AUGGGUGCGGCGAAUUACGUGCCGGGCGAGGAGGUGGCGCUGCUGUUCAUGGCCGUGUCGCUGGCGCUCGGCGCGCUGUGCCGCCAGAUCUUCAACAACACGCGCGUGCCGUACACCGUCGCGCUGCUGCUCGUCGGCAUCGCGCUCGGCGCGUUUGGGGCGGCGAUAGAGCCGAAUAUAAUCUUCUUCGUCUUCCUGCCCGCGCUGCUCUUCGAAAGCGCCUUCGCCUUCGAGAUGCACCAGAUCAAGAUCAAGGUGUGCCCCCCAUGCUCCGCUCCCUCUGCUCGCAAUGCUGCCUCCGCGCAACUCGCUCAUUUAUCCUUCUCCCCUUCCUCGCCCCUUGGCAUCUCCAUCUGCUAUCCCCCCGUCCCUUCGGGCAGCGGUGCAUGUUUCAGAUCUUCCUGCUGGCAGUGCCGGGUGUCGUCAUCACCACCGGCUUCCUCGGUGUCAUCUGCAAGGUACGCUUCCCUUAUCCAUGUCAUCUGCAAGGUACGCUUCCCUGAACGUGUGGCAGCGUGCCCAGCGCCACCACCUUGCGUGCCCAGCGCCACCACCUUGCUUACUCUCCCAUCUCUUCCCUCCCUCCCGCCCUACGUGUGCCUGCAUGCACGGCCCGCCCAGUGCGUGCUGCCAUACGGGUGGUCGUGGAGCACGGCCAUGCUGCUGGGCAGCGUGCUCAGCACCACGGACCCCGUCGCCGUCGUGGCGCUGCUCAAGGAGCUCGGUGCUUCCAAGAAGUUGCGCACCAUCAUUGACGGCGAAGCGCUCAUGAACGACGGGGCGGCCAUCGCCAUAUUCCAGCUCUUCCUGCAGCUCGUGCUGGGCUACUCGUUCUCCCCGGGGGACAUCGUUGCCUUCAUGUGCCGCGUCUUCUUCGGCGGCAUAGCGCUGGGGAUGGCGUUCGGGGUGGUGAGUCUGCUGUGGCUGCGCACUGUGUUCAACGACUACAUCAUCGAGAUCACCAUCACCAUCUGCGGCUCCUACAUGGCCUUCUUCGUUGCGAACGCAGUGACCAACAUGUCUGGAGUCAUGUCCGAUAUGACGCUCGGCAUCAUGUUUGCUAUAUUCGCCAAGACGGCAUUCACAGGGGAGAAUGAGAAGAACAUGCACAGCUUCUGGGAGAUGCUAGCAUACAUCGCCAACACGCUCAUCUUUGUCCUCAGUGGAGUGGUGAUCGCCGAGAGUGUGCUGCACAACACCAGCCACAUCCAAGGCAGCGACUGGGGCUACAUGCUGGCGCUGUUUGUGUUUGUGCAGCUGUCACGGGUGGUGGUGGUGGGAGUGCUGUACCCCGGGCUGGCCAGCAGCGGCUACGGGCUCACGUGGAAGGAGGCCAUCAUCCUCGUCUGGUCCGGCCUGCGCGGCGGCAUUGCUCUCACGCUUGCCCUUGUCGUCAGCCAUGAGAAGCAGCCGGACAAGAUCUCAGAGUCCACGUCAGCCAGGGUGAGAUGCUCCGCUGCCCGCCACGCUCCACUCAUCCCUGCUCUCUUCCUCGCCAUCCCUGCUCUCUUCCUCGCCAUGCCCUGUGCCCUGCUUUGCCCGCCUGCUCCCAACCCUCUCGCUCAUACACCUCCCCCAAUUCUUUCGCCUGCCCGCAUUUCUCCCCCCUCACCCCCGCCCUCCACCCCUCGCGCCCCCCUUGAACACCUAGACCCCCUCCCCUCCCCUCCCCCGCCAGUUCAUGUUCAUGACGGGCGGCAUUAUUUCAUGUUCAUAACGGGUGGCAUCGUGUUCCUGACGCUCAUAGUGAACGGCAGCACCACACAGUUCAUAUUCGCGGCGCUGCGCCUCAACCGCACGUCCAACGUCAAGAAGCAUGUCAUCCACUUCACACGCCGCGAGCUCUUUGAUCACGCCGUGAAGACCUUUGAGGAGAUCGGCGACGACGAGGAACUGGGGCCCGCGGAGUGGAGCACAGUGAGCGAGUACCUCACGUGUUUGGACCAGAAGGUGCUGGAGCCGGGGGGGCGGGGGGCAGGAGCAGGGCACCACGCGCACACGCGCGGCAGCCGCACGCACACGGGGUCGUCGCUGCACGCGCACGGGGAGGCAGGGGGGGAGGUGGACGUGGAGAAGCAGGCGGAGGAGGCGGUGCGGCAGCAGCAGCUGGCGGACACGCGCCUGCGCUUCCUGAACGGCGUGCAGGCGGCGUACUGGAGCAUGCUGGAGGAGGGGCGCGUCAACCAAACAGCCGCCAUGCUGCUCAUGCAGGCCGUGGCCGAGGCCGUCGACCUCACCACGGAGCGGCACCGGCUGUGCCUGUGGGCGGCCAUGCGCCCGCACGUGCGCAUGCCGCGCUUCUUCCGUGCGCUGCACCGCUCGCUGCGCCCCAUCCUGCCGCAGCGCGCCCUCAACUGGGUGACAGUGGACCGCCUGGAGCUCGCCGCCUCCAUGAGCGCCGCUUACAUCCGUGCCCUCCGGCAGACACGGCAGCAGCUGCGAGAGUUCCUCAAGGACAGCCCAAUACUGGAGGCGGUGAUAUUGGAGAGCGAGGAGGAGGAGACGGAGGCGAGGAAGUUCCUGGAGGACGUGCGGCUCAACGUGCCCGAGGUGCUGACAAUCAUCAAGACGAAGCAGGUGACGCAGGCAAUACUGGCGGAGCUGUACGGGUAUGUGGAGAAUCUCGACCACUCGGGGCUGCUGGACCAGAAGGAGGUCACCCUGCUGCACAACGCCGUCACGGCGGAUAUGAAGAAGCUGCAGCGCAGCCCGCCGUUUGUGGCGAUGCUGCCGGCGGGGGAGGUGUUGGCAAGGCAGCCGCUCAUUGGAGCGCUACCGGCCGACAUCCGCCUCGCGCUGCUGCAGCCGCUUAAGGAGGCCACCAAACUCUCCGGUGCCUCGCUCUUCCACGAGGGGCAGCCCACCCAGGGCGUCUGGCUCAUCGCCUCCGGUACCGCCAAGUGGACGUCCAAGGCGGCGGAGGCGGAGGCAGAGGCGCACGGGCAGCACCUGAUCCCGCCGCUGUUUGCACACGGCAGCUCCGUGGGGCUGUAUGAGACGCUGAGGGGGUGCGCGCACCAGUACUCGGUGACGGCUGACAGCGUGCUGCACUGCUUUUUCAUUGAUAGACAGCGCAUCAUGGCCGCCAAGAGCAGCAGUGACGCCAUUGAAGACUUUCUGUGGAAGGAGAGUUGUUUGGAGGUGGCGCGGGUGGUGCGCCCCAUGGAGUUCGGGCUGCUAUCCAUGCACGACCUGCGCGUGCUCUUCUCCCAGUCCGCGCGCCUCCUCACCCUCGCCCCGCACUCCCCCGUGCACCUCGCGCCCUCUGAGGUCGCGCUGCUGCUGCUGGGCGCCGUGCGCCUGCCGGGGGAUGGCAGCAAGGGGCACGAGGGCGAUGAGGGCAACGAGGGGGAGGAGGGCGAGGAGCAGGGCGAGGAGGAGGAGGGGGGUGGCGGGGCCGGCAGCCCUCAAGGUGCAGCUGUAGCCGCAGGCAGCCCGCAAAUUGCUCCGUCCUCUUCUCCGCAACUUGGCGCGUCACUUUCUCCGCCAGCAGCCACGGCAGCGGGCGGGGUGGCAGCGGAGACUGUAGCCCCACCCAGCAGCGGCGAGGAGGGCAGCAUGAACGGCAGCACGAGCGCCAGCAGCUUUGACGACCGCACGUCCGCGUCCAUGGCCCUCUCUGCCACCGCCUCUGAUGGGGCAGAUGGCAGGGGCGACACAGCGUGGGGGGGUAAGGACGCGGAGGGGCAGGCGGUGCGCAAGGUGCGGAGCGAGGGCGUGGAGCAGGGCGGGGAAGGGGGGAGCAGCAGCAGGGGCAGCAGCGGGGGGUUCCUGCGCGCGCGCAGUGAGGCGCUGCGCAGCGGGCUGCGCAGCCUGUCCAAGGGCCGGCAGCGGCUGGUGCGCGCCAUUAGCUCCAAGGACAGAGAUGGGGACAAGGCGGGCACGUGGCAGAGCGGCAGAGAGGGCACGGGCAGCCGUGAGGAGAUGGAGCUGGGGGUGAUCGUGGAGGACGGGCGCAUCGUGAGCAUCCAUGCCCCCGCUUACCUCACUCCCCAGCCAAGCCCAGGGGGGUUGGGCGAGGCGUCGUAUGUGACGGUGACGACGUGCAAGCUGAUGGUGGUUGACAUGCCUCACACACAGCACUCCCUGCAAGGCACCCCCACACGCGCCUUCCAUGGGCACCGCAGUGCACCUGCGCACGACGCGGCGACGCUGCUGCGGUGGCAGCUGGAGGGGGGCGCGGAAGGCGACGACGAUGAUGACGGGUUCAUUACUGCUCGGCUCAGGGGGCGGGCGGGCGCUGAUGCGCGUGCUCAUGGCGCUGGGGGAGCUGCAGGGGGGCACCCGGGGAGCAGGCUGGGCGGGGUGCUGGGCAGCAUGAUGGGGGGCGGAGGGGCUGUGGCGGCUGGCGAGGUUGGUGACGUGGAGGACAGUGAGAUGACGAUGCCACGUGGCAGUGAGCUGGCUGCCAUGCUGGCGGACCGUGUGGCGGUGGAUCGGCAGCUGAUGGAGCGAGCCAUGCAGCUCAGUGUGUUCGGCAACAAGGUCAGUCACCUCCUUUCCAUCCUUCCUUCCAAACCGACAUUCUUUAAGCUUUCUCUCAACUGCUACUUUCCCUCCCUCUACCAGGCAUAUCUAUGGAUGAGCAACCUAUUUCCUCCCUUCCUCAUUGUCGCUCGCUUGAAUGACCAUCGAUCCUCUCCAUUGCUCAUCACCGCUCUCCCCAUUCCCCACUACCCGUCCUGCCAUCGCCCACCUGCCCCACUGCAGAUGCAGACGAGGCCGAGGCGGCCGUCAGAGGCCCAUGCAGGACACCCUGCAGGCACCGCUGCUGCUGCCACUGCCCGUACACCCGGAGGGCAAGCAGAGGAGGCGCACCCACUUGUGGAGCCGGGGAGUGGGGUGGACGGGGGGAGAAGCGAGUGA